GCCAAUACAGACACGCAAGGAAAAGGAAAAGGAAAAAUCUGCACCUCCGAACUUCUGGCCACAAAAGCAGGCAGAGAGAGCCAGCAGUUACCCGCGCAUGUUUGUACUUUUAAACGCAUGGUUUCUAAUAUGCGCCCAACAAAAAACACCGGCUCUCGUCACUUCGUCUUGCUUCUACGCCAGCGCUCGGAAGCAAAUGGCUUCUCUGCAGAUUCUUAAGUCCCGUUUGUCUCCAAUUUCUCGUUCUCAAUCCGACUUCUGUGGCAAAUCGAGCUGGUUUUGUUCUGAAUCUGAUUUCGAAGCGAACAGGAAGCGGAUUCUGAGGUUGAAUACCUGCGGAAGCUCCAAAAAUUUGAUCAGGAAAGGGCAUAAGGUUCGCUGCAGACUUCAAGAAGGCGAUAACAAAAGCAGUGGUGAAGAACCUCCAGAAUCAUUGUUCAUGAAGGAAUUGAGAAGAAGGGGCAUGACUCCUACUUCACUGCUCGAGGACAACAAUAGGAGCAUCUAUGAACUAGAUGAAGAAAUGAAAUUAAUUGAAGAUGAAGAAGGUUUCUCAAAGAGAAACUCAGUCUCAGCUGAUUUUGAGAAGGGUGUAUUUAAUCAAAGAGACCGCUCCAUGGCAUUGAAUAGUGAAGGUCUCGAGGGGUUGAUUCCGCGAGCUAAACUUUUGCUGACAAUUGGAGGAACAUUCUUCUUUGGAUUUUGGCCACUGAUCCUUAUAGCUGUUACAUUCUUUUCUGCCCUGUACCUCUACUUUGGACAAGCAUUAGUCCAUGAUGCAAGCACCAUGCCCAUAGUCCCUCCACAAUAUUUCGAUCCAUACACCCUUCUGGAAGAUGAAAGGAUUUCACAAACGGCCCCAGAUGAGGUUGAAGUAGUAGACCGCAAUGGUACUAUGAAGACAGAAGACAUUCACCUCCGAAACAUGGGGGUUCGGGCGCAACGCCAUCGGUGGGGUGUAUGGAGGGCAACCCCCCUAGACGGCGGGGUUCGGGGACUGACGGUAGGCCCCGACAAGAUGGUAUGGCCUAUCCAGUGUGAACGGUGAGCAUGGUAGGCGAGCGACGGUUACCAAUGUGAACGAUAGCCGCGGUUAGUGGAUGACGGUCACCAGUGUGAACUGAGGCCAUGGUAGGUGAGCCACCGCCACCUACCAUGGUAAGUGAGCCGCCACCACCUACCACAGUAGGUGAGCCGCCUAUGUGUUUCUUCCACAGACCAGAGGCUAUAAAUAAGACCCCCCCACCGGAACAAAGCACACAUCUCAACUGCAAGUUGUGCCCUCUUCUGUUAUUUCUAUUUGUUGUCUUUUUGCCAUUGAAGCUCAUUUAGUGAGCGCAUGGUUGGAUAAUUUGUUGUAAUUUGAUUGAUGUAAUAAAACUGUGUUAUCUCUUCAA